GCCCGCCCUCUCGCUCCCCUUCACACACACACACGCACACGCACGACCCGCCCUCGGCCCUCAGAACAGGUGAAGCAGCUAAAUUCCUGGAAUGGAGACAGGACAGGAUCAAGCUGAUGGGUUACAUAACCAAAAAGACAACUUAGUUAAUUUUGACAUCCCCGUGGAUUAUUCUGUUGAUUGUGCAAGAAAACAAAGAGGAAGAAUACAGGCAAAUACGUCGUUUGAACUAUCACCCAGUGGGACCACAGAUUCUGAAUAUAACAUAUGCACAAAAAACGCACCUAGUGAUUUGGAGACCAAUUUGGCAUUUUCCGUAUCUCACACUGACCAGAUGCACGGGGAUGAUGCGAUCUCAAGUACCACCAUCAACUAUGUCAACCAAUCCCAUAUAUUUCCUUCCCAGCGGACAAUGCGACAUUCCUUGCGCGAGCAACAACUGCCUUCACUCUUUAUUCCAUCUGUUUGUGUGCAAUCACAGCAGAUGCUGCCAGCUCCAUUUGAGCCAUCCAUACCUACUGAUUUUGUUCAUCCAUCAUAUGAACACUCUGUGUUGGCACAAUCUGGUGAUCUGGAAACUAUUAAAAGAGGCCUUGGAAAUGAAAUAGAAUGUAGCACUAUGAACCAGCACUUAGUGACGGAGUUGGAUUUCAAUUCACCAUUAGCUGCUGCUACUGUCUAUGGAUCUGGAUCAUGUGGUGGAUCACUUGAACAUGCGUUAGACACAGCUGAGGAAAUUUUGCAUGGGGAUUCGUGCAACAUGGAAGCCCAGGACUUGGUCUGUCAGUUUUCUCGAGCAAUUAAUCACACAGAUGAGGGGGAUAAUAUUGUCAGUCCUGCUGAAACGGUGGUUCAAAUCCCUGGAGUAUUUGUAAGAAAACUGACUGGGUCUUUGGUCCCAGAGAGCAGAGCGAACAACACAGAACAACACGGCAACAGAAACCUGCUGGGCAGGGUGGAACAUUGUGAAACAAGAAAUGGUACAAGCAUCUUCACUGAAGUGAAGUGUUUAAAUAAGCAGUAUGCAGAGAGAAAACUUCAGUCUGUACAUAGCUUCGACUUGAGCAAGAAUUACAAAGAUCAGGCAGCCAUGAGAACAGAAAAUGAAGUUGAGUUUUCAGAGGAAACAGGACUCGCUGAGUCAGAGAAAAACCGAGACAAGGUCACUCUUGAUAAAACUUGGCCAGAAGGUUCGGCAGAAGGGGAACAAAAUAUUUUAUUAACUCGCUGUGUAAAUACAAAUUCUUCAAAUUAUACGCAACAAUCACAUAGUUUAAGUAUAGAUGGUUACCAGAGGGUGUGCAAAAAUAGUGCUGGAACCAACAUGUCAUCAAAAUGUAGACUAGUACCAAAUGCAGAGACGGCUCACAAAAUACUGAAUAGUUCAGCAAAGAGUAGAAUAUUUUCAAACAUUGCUGUUCUUCAAAAUAUGCAAAAAACUAAGAGUUUAUCACAGCAGGUUACACAAACUGGAGAGCAAUCACAUGACCAUGAAGCAGCUUUAACAUCUGACCUAAUGUAUGGAGAGAUGCCUUGUUCAGGGAAUGAUGCCACAAGCACCGAAAAUAGCAAUGCAGAUCAGGUCAGGUACAAUUCAAUAGAAAGUAAUAUUUUUGAACCUAAUGCAAAUCUUAAACCAAAUAUGAAAAUAACUGAACAUUCUCUGUGUAGUGAGAAUAGCUGCUGGGAAUCAAAUCAACAGUGUUCUACUGUGGAUGAAAACAAUGCUCUUUCUGUAGUCAAACCGAAUGUGAAUGAAAUUCCUGAUUCAAUGCAAGUAAAUAACAGUGUAUGCGAAAGUAGCAGAAGUUCAACUUCAUUCAGCAGGGUAACUGUUCCUUCAUUACAGAGCCCUGAGAAUAACCUGCCUAGGGUUCAGCCUUGUUCUCUCAAGUUGCAUAAACUAAAUGUUAUUGAAACUGAUGGGAAGUGUGAUGUGCGAGGAUAUGUCAUUGAUCUGAAGACAAAUGAUGUUACACCAAUGUCAUGCAGCAUUUCAAUGAGCCUUUCCGUAGCCAAGUCAAGAGAAACUGCUGGCUGUGUAGAGGAAGGCGAGCUCGAUGAGGUGUGUGAUGAGAAGGGUAGCCAAAGCUCUAGUGGUGGUGAUGAAUGUGAAAACUCGCCAGUCCCAGCAGGGUCUCAUCGUCCCAGCAGGAGAAAGCAGACCUUGGUAACUAAAUAUGAGGACGAAGAAGUCAUCUACAUCUCUGAUAUUGAAGAGGAUGAUGUUAGUCCACCUGUCUCCAAAGCAGACACACGUCAGGAUCAAAGUUCGACUGCAACGUCAAGUAAUAAAAAACGAAGGGCAACUUGCCAACAGCAUUUAAAUCAAAAUUCUAAAGAGAAGAAGGAUGGCAAUGCUAAUCGAAAGGUUUUCGAAAGGAAGAUUCUUCCAGCAAGACAGAGAAGAGGAAUGAGAUUGGAGCAGAUUGUCCAAAAUAUUAUUACACAACCGAAGUCUAGAGUGUCUGGUAAUAUUGGGGAGCGACACCGAAAAAGCCGGAAUAUACCUCCUACUCCUACUAGGUUUCAGCCACCAAGGCGAAAAUCCAGCUCUGCCGCAAAACAAAGGGCGAAUGGCGAUACUGGGAUUUCUCAUAACUUGGUGGUUUCCCUCAAGAAAAACCUUGCUUUAGAGUGUUCAUUGCAAGGGCAGAAUGAAGCACGCUUAUGGCAAGCAGAUGCAGCAGCUGCAGAAAAACAGAACAAAAACACAUCUACCUCAACUCCAGGCUCUCGACAAGAACACGCAACAAAACUAAGCGCUCCAAAUUCCCCCGGCACAUCCUCCUGCCCUGCUUCGUCUUCGAAACGAUCAAACGAGACUUCCCGAGAGGGACCCGCUUCAGGCAAUAAACAAAAGCUUGGUGACUCUGAUGUUAAGUGUUUAAAUGGUAACGGAAGUAACUCCAGACAAUGCUCCAGGAAGGCUGGUGCACUAUCACAGCAGAAAACCUCCCAACCAAGGAGAAGAGGUGCUGGGAGAAAGAGACCAUGCAAGUCAGCAAAUCGGAAGCGAAAUAGGCAGCAGGGACUACACUUGACAAUGUUUGCUCCUGACGAGCCUGAAAUAAGGUUAAGAGCAUUGACUCAGAAAAACGAUGAAAGACGGGAUGGCCGAUACGAUAGUUUUUCACCUUAUGUAAGACUAGAGGUUAAAGAUUAUUCAGUGUGUACUGUAGUAAACUAUCUUGAGGAGGAUAACAACAACCUUAAGCAAAAGAAACAUUCCCAACACCAAUCUCAUGGUUCAGUUCCCAAAACAUCUUGCUUGUUAUUGGGCCCUACUAUUAAUGACACUCACCAAAAAAGCUUUCUCAUCUGCUGUCUAUGUGGCCAUUCUGCAAAUGCUAUGGAAUUAGGUGAUCUUUUUGGACCGUUUUAUCCUUUCGGGUACACCCCUCCGAAUGUCCAAAAUUCCCGGACAAAGGCAAAAAUUAAUGUAGAUCAAGCAAAUAGCAAUACCUUGAGUUCUAGUUGUAGUUCCCCUCAGAAUGCAGUAAAUACAACUUUGGGAGAAAAUCAGGAAUCUAGUACAAGGGAGGGAACAAUAACUCGAGGACAGAAGCGAAAAAGUUGUGAUAGUAUUGAAGAGGCUGCAAAGGGUCCAGAUAUUAAGAAGCCUAACAAUGAGCUCUCUUUGGAAGAUUGGUACCAGCCGCCUUUGGUCCCAAUGGAUACUAAUGAGCACUGGAUGCAUGAAGACUGUGUGACAUGGUGUGCUGGUGUUUUUCUUGUGAGAGGAAAGUUGUAUGGUUUGCUGGAAGCUGUCAAUCUAGCACGAGAGACGAUCUGCUCCAAAUGCCAGAAAACUGGUGCCACUUUAGGCUGCUAUUUUAAAGGUUGCCCUCUUAAAUACCACUAUGCCUGUGCUGUAGAAAGUAAAUGUUUGCUAAAUGAAGAUAAUUUCUCAAUGAAAUGUGUAAAACACAAGGACAAAGUUCUGAAAGGAUCAGUUUCAGCAAAAGGGGAAAGUAGGUGACAGUGAUACUGUGGCCUAAGUUCGCUUCAGCUAUUAUUUGAGAUGAAUGUGCUAUUUGUGGGAGAAAUAAAGGCUUCACUUGACCUGUUGCAUGUUGCCCUUGCAAUGAAGCAAACAGAAGACACUGACGGAGAACACUGUGGUCUCCUGUGCCCUUUAUUGCAGCCAUUAUGCUAAAUAGAAAUUGGUUCACAUUCAUGAUACUUCCAAGAUGACUCCACUUCAUUUAUGAUUAUUUUCCCCUUCCUGUUCUGGAUUUUAUCUGCAUUGUCUGUCUGUAUGCUUUACUCCAGAAUUCAGUAGAAAUCCACUACGUUUACCAGAAGAAGCCACAAAUGCAGGUUUGUUUCAAGAAAAGACGAGCCUGAUGUUCAUAGUCCUAUCAGAGCACAAACUAGAAUAGAAAGUGAUCUAGGUACCCAGUAAAUUAGUUCCUAUAUAGAUAUUGCUUCCAUGUGUAUUGGCAGGGUUGAAAUGACCAGUGGUCCUGCUUGAAAUGUAUUAUGUACAUUUGAAUAUUUAUACAUCAUGGUAUCGUGCUCUAAUGUAUACCAUGAUCUAGAGUCCUGCCCUUCCCUGUAAUGGAGAGUACUUGUAGCACCUGAAUUUCUCUCAUUACUCUGUAGACCUAAUAUGUGUAGCAUUGACCCAUACGAACAGCCUUUUUAACGUGCACUUGUGUCCAGUGUUCUGCUGUUAAAAUGAGCUUGUGCACAUCAUGGUAAUGUUAAUAAUAAUCCUUGCAUUUAUUAUAGAGCCUUAUCACAUC